AAAAUAAGAAUUCAAAUUUACUUAUUAAAAACUGUUCUCUAAUACGAUAAAAAAAACUUUUAACGAAAAUUAUAUCUUACAAUGGUUCAAUCCAAAAUCUCCGGUGCUAUCAACUUCGUUUUUAUCUUCACACUUUUGAUUGGACUCGUUGGACGAGUUUCAGCUCAUGGUAUUCUUCUUAGCCCUACUCCCAGACUUCCAUAUGGUCAUAAUGUUACCGAUAUAAUUGCUAAGGUUUCCAACCCAACCAAAGAAUUUCCCUGUGGUAUUGCCGGUGAUAGUCCAGGCCCAGUUACAACAUACAAACCUGGUGAGAAAAUUUUAAUCGCCUAUAAUAGAACUAUUACUCAUGGUGGAGACUGUUUAAUGCAAAUAUCUCGAUAUGGUGAUAAAUAUGAUAAAGAUUUCAAGACUUUCGAGAACUUAGGCCCAUGUGGUAUGGAAAAAGGCUUAUUCACUGCAUUUGUUGAAGUACCGCACGAUGAAUGUGAUAACAAAGAUUGUGUAAUGAGAUUCAGAUGGGAUGACGACGUUGGUAACAAUUACUUGUAUUGCGUCAAUGUUAGAAUAAAGAAAUAUCCUGAUUGCUGGGAUUCAAAGAGAAGAAGAUCCAUCGGUACAACUAGAAGGGCUUUAAAAAAUUAAUAAUUUCACGUUUUUAUUAUUUAUUUUAGGGUAAUUUUAACGCUCA